AUGAAUUCUUGCAUCGAUUCUUGCAAAUGGAGAUCAAGUUCACCUAUCCAGAUCUGUACCAUCAGGCUGUGGAUGGAAGUGCCCGUGGAAGAAACCGUAUUUCAGGACGCUUAUAACCUGAGAUCGACGAACGGUAGUCCUCCGCCGUUCAAGGAAGAUAAACUGUGCCAAGCAGUCGGGAAUCUGUACACACUGCUGAAAGAUGCAAAUCCGCAGCCGAGGCUCGAGAGAUUGGAGGUGGCUUUCACACGGCUCGACUCGUGGGAUCGACAAGGUAACUAUCCUCGAUUCCUGCCCGUCACGCUGCGGCCUUCUUUGCCGGUCGCCAGUGUCGGAGCACAGGGAACUGGAUUCUCGGGAUGA